AUGCCAGCCAACAACAGCACAGGGGACUGUCUCAGCAGUAAACUGUCCUUCAAAGAAAGGAGGACAUUUUCUGAAAGAAGCAAAGAUGUAGAGUCUGUAAGAAGUGCACAUCCAAACAAAAUUCCAGUAAUUAUUGAGCGCUAUGGCAACGAGAAAAGUCUUCCAUCAAUGGAUAAGUGCAAGUUUCUGAUUCCAGACAACUUAAACAUGAGUGAUGUUGUCAAGAUUAUCAGUGAUGAUUAUAUACUUAAUGCUUCUCAGGAAACAUUUGGUGCAGGCUGUUGCUACUAG